CAGUCAGUGUACUAAAGGAUGACUUCAUAGGGGUGGAGCCCAGUUAGAUUGUAAAGGUGGCACUCAGGUGAGCCAGGUAAGAAGUGAACUUAUGCGGGUCUCUUCAGCACGUCAGCUGUUCCUUGAAGGAAGCUGAUCCUGUUGCCCACGCAACAAGCACACACACACCUCCCUGCUAAGCUGCUUGUAUUAUUAUUUUCCCAACCAUCUGGGCAAGAAACACGAGCUUGGAAAUGGAAACCAAAGAUCCUACUGGAAAAGAAAGUAUGGGGGUCAGGAAAAAGAACCUCACCUUCCUAAAGCAGAGAUUGUACAUGCUGGAAAGGAGGAAGACGGACACGGUGGUGGAGAGCAGCACUGCAGGAGACCACAACAGCAGCUCUGCAACCUUGAGGAGGAGCCAGUCAGACAGGAGUGAAUACAACCAGAAAUUGCAAGAAAAGAUGGCACCCCAUGCAGGAUCUGUAGGACCAGUUGGUUUACCCCUGGAAACUGAAGAGCAACUCAUUAAGCGAAUGAUGGCCAGAAGGCAAAAGAUAAUUGCAGAAAUACUCCAAACAGAAAGAGAUUAUUUUAGUGAUCUGGAAUUCUGCAUCAGAAUAGUGGUUGAACCCUUGAAAAAAAGGCAGAUUGCUCGACUUGAUGUGGAUAGCUUAUUUAGCAACAUUGAAUUGGUCCAUGAAAUAUCAUCAAAACUGUUGUCAUUGUUGGAAGAAGCAACAUUAGAUGUGGAACCAGCCAUACAAGGAAUUGGUCAGGUAUUUCUACAGAUUAAAGAUGUACUAGAAGAAGCAUACAAAAUCUACUGUUACCAUCAUGAUGAUGCUCACCUUCUUCUGGAAUUCUAUGAAAAGGAUGAGGAAUUGAAACAAUGUAUAAAAGAUUGUCUACAAUCCUUGAAAAAGAUAUAUGAAGAAGGGGGAAAACCAAAUCUACUAGACAUGGGAUCUCUGAUGAUCAAACCAAUACAACGUGUAAUGAAGUAUCCUUUGUUAUUAUGUGAGCUCUUGAAUGCAACUCCCAGGUCUCACCCUGACCACAAAGCACUUCAGGAUGCCUUGCUUGCUAUGAAAGAUAUGAACAUGAAUAUAAAUGAACUUAAAAGGAGAAAAGAUAUAGUGCUUAAGUAUAAGAAGAAUGAUGAAGACGAAUCUUUAAAGGAUAAAUUUUCAAAGUUAAAUAUUCACUCAAUUAGUAAAAAGUCCAAGAGAGUUACUGGUCACCUGAAGAUUUUGACUGGAGGAGAACCUCAGGUGAAAGAUGAAGUUUUUAAUAAAGAGGAGAAGUUAUUCAAAAGCUUAGAAAAGACGGUCAAACUAUGUGUGAAGAAUAUUCCAUUGUCUCUUCAGCAUUUAGAAAAUUCUGUAUUUCUCGGAGCACAGUGCAUAAGUGAUCUUCAGGAUCUGAUACAUGAGAACGAAAAAGGGGAAAACAGAUCUUCAGACACAUUGAUUAAUGCUGGGCAUCCCAGCAAACUAUUUCUGAAUCAAGUAGAUAGGUUGGUGCUGAUUCCAUUGACUGCACUGCAGGCUCUUUUCUUCAGCCCCCAGAAGCUCAUCCAAAAACGUUAUGACAAACUUCUGGAUUAUAGUAGCUUGUAUCAAAAGGCUUCAGGGGAUGAUACUGACCUGGCCAGGAAAGAAUACGAGGCCCUCAAUGCUCAGCUGGUGGAGGAGCUCCAGCGAUUCAAUGAAGCAGCAAAGAAAAUUGUGACCAGUUGCCUGUGUUGUCUCAUCGCUCUCCUGAAAGACAUGAUGUCAUCAGCAUCACAAUCCUUUUCAACCAACGAAUCCCAGUUACUAGCAAUUAAACCAGAGAAAUCUUCUCCAAGUAUCAAUGAAAUACAGGAUCAGGUUCUUGAAGAUGUUCACAAUUUGAGUUGUAUCAAGGAAAACCACUGUGUAACUUUUAUUGAAAGAAAGCUAAGUUUUGAAAAAAAGAGGCCUGUCUCUCUCCAGACUGAAUUUCCCCGUCAGAAAGAAGUCCACAGGUCAAUGCUACUUUCUAUGUACAAUGUGGACUUGCUAUACCAAGCCAAGCGUAAAUGCAAUGCCACACAGGAAUUGGAUAUUGAUCUUUAUGAAGGAGAGGUGGUGGCUCUCAUAGACCAAAAGGAUCCUUUUGACUGUACAAGCAGGUGGCUUGUUGAUACUGGAAUUCUUAAAGGAUACGUUUAUUCUUCCUUCCUGAAACCCUAUAAACCAGCCAAGGCACCACAAAAUGCUGGGGAAACCAAUUUCUGUGAUGGUGACUUUGAUAACAUCAGCCUUUUUGUCUCUUCACGACAACUGGAUGACAACAGUUCAAAACCCACAGGGCACAAAAGAAAUGGCAGUGACUCUUCCUAUAAUAGUCUGUGUGAAAAAGAAUCUGUUAAUGGCUCUGAACUGGAGAGCUUUUAUGAAACGGAUGAGCAACACACUUUCUAUGCUGUUCAUGCAUUUCAAGCAAGAAGUAAACAGGAACUCAGUCUUCACGAAUAUCAGAGAGUUCAAAUCCUUCGUUUUUCAGACCAGAGUGGCAACAAAGAAUGGUGGUUAGCUGAAGUUGAAGGACAAAAAGGAUAUGUGCCAGCUAAUUAUCUUGGGAAGAUGACAUACACGUAAAUAUCAGAUUGCUCACGGAACAAAUUCCCAGAAACAGAAGACGUUUGUUGUGAUAUUAUCACCCCUGAAUUUUUGUGCCUUAAAAAAUGCAAUAAGCUAAGAGCUUUCAAAAUCCGGAAUUGAAGUACUUGUGAAGAAGAAUUUUUGAUGGAAUGUGUGCAUUUGCUUUUACUUUUCAACUUUUGUCACCCUGGACUGGACAAGACCUCUUGUAAUGCCUUCCACAGAUUUAUGAGAAAUUUAAUUAUAUUGAACUAAUCUGAUAAACCAGGGGUCCCCAACCUCUGGGCAGUGGCCCACUACCAGGCCGCGGCUUAUUUGGAACCGGGCUGCACGAGCAUGUACACGCUUGACUUGUGCAAGUAAAGCUAUGCACAUGCGAGUGCGUGCUGGCCCGUUACUCAUGGGUUCACAUGGCCAAAUUCCCUUCUCCCCCCAGCCCAGCAGCAAAGGUUGGGGACUGCUAUGUUAAGCCACCUAUAAUAACAAAAAUCUCAUGACAUAAUAAUCCAGUUGGUCCUUUAGGUGCCACAAGAUGUCUUGUUGAACUUUGCUGUGAAAGCCCAACACACAACUAAUCCAACUCGGCUAGCUAUGCCAACUAUAAAUUUAAGAGUUUGACUUUUGUAGAUCUGUGAAUUAAUCAGGAAUGGGCAAGAAGAACCGUAUAUUGUCCAUAGAAUGUUUUCAGGUUUCUAAAUACUCUUAGAAACAGUUUAGACUCAGGUGUAAGGAACUGAAGCGGUACAGAGAAGUUGAGAAAAUUCACUGGAGAUUUCGUGCACAUGGACGUGCCUUUUUGGUUAUGCAAGACAUUUCUAGAUCUAAGCUUGUGAAGAUUUCAAGAACUGAAUGCACUAUUUGCUGACCUUUCAACAGAAUAUUACUUUGUAACAGCUAUCUCAGAACUGUAGUUCUGCUGAAAAUGCCUUCUGCUCCUGGUCCAAGAACAGGUAAGGCAGAGAAAAGGCAGGAGUAGAGACGGUCAGCCAGAUUACCCAUGAGGAGAAAGCCUCGCUCUUCUUGAUGGGCUGCAUGGGAAGCUAUUUAGCAGAGCAGACAGAUGCAGGUGAUGCUGGGAACAUGUUUGUUUCCUAGCUGUGUUUUCUGGUCAUUGUGAUUCCUGCCUCACUUUGGACCAACACUGUGCCUUGACUUGGAUCAUGCCUUGGAAACUCUGGACUUUUCUUGCCUUGUGAACUCUCUUGUACUGUGGAUUUAAGUUUGCUUUGUGGUUUUAUUUUGAUUGAGAAACUUUCAAGUGCCUUGUGGAGUCUUUGGUCAUUGAUCUGUGGAUUAGCAUUGGUCUUUUUGUGGCUGGACUUGAGACAGUUCUGGGGUUUUGGCAAAGGGAAUUGCUGGGGAAUAUUAAUAAACUCACUAAUCCAGUUAUGUGUGUGCCCGAGUGGGACAGCAGUUACAUAUAUUUUCCUUCAUUCAUGAUAAAUGGUAUCUUCCUAGGCAAUUUCCAAAUCAUUUAAAAAAUAAAAAUACAAGUCACUAAAUCUGAUGCUAUUCCCCAUGUAUUAAGAACUGGCGAAGUAUAUACGUCAGAGAGUUCAAGAAACUAUUUAUAAAUGGUCUCUAAGAUCAAUCUUGCAAGUAUAAUUUACAAACCGUCUUUAGAAUCAGUGUUAAUCUUCAGCACAAGUCUAAAAGCUUGGAAGACUAAAUCUCUGGUUCGAUGAGCGACCCCGAUUGGCUCCUGAAACAUUAUCCUGGGACAUAUCAAUCUCAUAUGUUCAUUGCUGGAUUGAGAAUUUCAACAAUAAGACUUUUUCAGUGAUCCCUCAUAUGAUAAGGUGGCAAAUACUCCAUAAAUGAUUAAACGUUCUAUUGCUUUCUGAUCUCCAGACACAGACAUGUACACCUUAUUUGUGUGGUACAUACGUUUUAUUUUUAUGACUGACUAAUAAAAUGCUUGCAGCACUGA